AGUGAACCGAGAGGGUGAAAUUCGUUGCAGGGAGCCCCAUACCGAAGUGUGAGUGAGCGUGCAUCAGUUUAAUAACCCCGGAAACCUCAAAAACAAAGGAAACUAUUCUCUGUACGGCACAUUUUCUAUUAACCUCUAUAGGGCCCACCAGUUCCAACAUGGCAUCAGUAACAGAUAAGUCCCUGUUAUCAGCGGAGCUACAAGGAGAAGAAGAUGAAGAGGAAUUCCGUCGUCUUCUGCUUCAGGCAGCCCAGAAUAUCCAGAGCUCUGUGCCUUCUCCAGCAGAAUCCAAGCCCAUCCGCCCCCUCCCAGGGUUCUGCCUAAAAACCCAUACAAGUUCCGGUGAGAAGAUUUUUGUCAAUGUCUGCAGAUCCCCGCACAUCCCUUCACCACCAGACCUAACCAAUGAAGAACUGGCUUGCCUCAUUGAGUCAGAGAAUGCCUCCACCUUCCGGAUCCCCAUGAGUCUGGGGGAGCCCCAUGUAGAAAUGGACAAGAGUGGUACUGGUUGCACAGCCUACGAAGUCACCAUCAACAGCAACUUUUUUAAUAAGAUGGAGAGCAAUCAAUUCCUCAAAGAAUUCUUCCUUAUGAUAGCCAUGGAAGGAUUGUCAGAAAAAUACGAAGUGGACAUCACCAAUCAAGAGUGGCGGAUUCUGAAGAACAGGAAGUUUAUGGGCUCCAUAUCGGAACAGAAUAUUCGCACUAAAUCCAAGCCCAUUAUCCAGGAGAUGCACACCAGCUCUGCUACAGCUCCUGAAUUCACCAUAGUUGCAGAGCCAUCCACCAGUCACCCAGAUCGUCUAGUGGCAAAAAUCUGCCUCCCUGAAAUGAUCUCAGUGAGACAUCUUGAGCUGGACCUUGGAGAGGACCGAAUUGUGUUACGGGGACAUCCUGAGCUCUAUCACUUGGACAUCUUCAUACCCUACAGCAUCGUCCCUGAGGAAAGCUGGGCUCAGUUCCAGAAAGAAACAAAGAUCCUUACUGUCAUGAUGCCUGUCCAACGCCCAUUGCUGUUGCCCUGAGCUCCGAACAGACAGUCUGGAGGAGUGAUCACAGCGUAGGCUGGGGAUGUACAUUAUGGACGUAAUGUCUCAGCCCCAUGGGAGAAACAUCAGGGCGAAGAAUGGCGGUCUGGGGAAAUAGGAAUGACCUCCUUCUCCAAAGAAUGACGCUGGACUUUGGGAACAGUCAUCUCUAAGACACAUCUCUGUGUGCCUAAGAAACACACAGUAAAACUUGUUGGAUGGGAUUCAG